AUGAGGAAGGCCGGGCUCGGGACGUUGCAGAUCGAGGUGAACACCGAGCACGAAUGGCAACAACUGCUGGACCGCGCUGACGUUCUCAUCGUCGCGGACGUUUACUCCGACUGGUGCGGUCCUUGUGCCGCCAUGGCGAGCACCUUGAGGAAGAUCAAGAUAGAGAUGGGCGAUGACGCGGUGGACUACGCGGUCGUGCGAAACGACGACAUCAACGAUCUCGCGAGAUUUAGGGGCAAGAGUGAACCCGUCUGGAUGUUCCUGUGGGAUGGCAAGAUGGUGAACCUGAUGUUCGGCGCGCAUUGCCCUCGCUUGCGGAAGUUGUUGCUCGAGGAAAUAAGAAGAGUGCGACUGUCGGAGGCCCCGAAGUGGCGACUGGACGUGGGCGAACGGGCCCCGGAAGAGGAAGUCCGUUGGCAAAAGCAAGAAGGCAUCAGGAAAGCGCUGGAGGAGAAGAAACAGGCGAAAGAGGAGGCCGAGAGGCGGGAGAAAUACGAGCGAUUCAUGGCGCACAUGGUUCUCGAGCUCUGCGAGGAAACGACACUCGUGCUUUAUCCGUGGGUUUUCAAGGACGAGAACGGCAGGCCCAGAGACAAGCUGCUGAGUCCGCCGUACAUGGAGCUCGUCCAGGACCUCUUCAGACAGUGCUACGACGUACAGGAAGAGUUGCGAAUCGAGUUGAACGAGGACACGAUCGAGAGGAUGUUCGUCGAGAGCGGCGUCGACAUCACCGAGGAAUUGAUAAAAGGACUGACCGAUGGAAAGUGCAUGGCCAUGAGACUGAAGGGCAAACCACCGCAUCCGGACUGGCCAGUGCAUUAUCCUUAUGAGAAUUCGGACCCGUCGAUUAAGCAUCCGAUCCGCGCGAUCGAUGACGUUGAGAAUUAUCUUAUUAACAUCAUCACGACAGAGCCGCCGCCUCUUUUAUCAAUUAGAACCGACGUACCUAUGACCAGACCGACCUACGACGCGCCGUAUAUCGAGAGGCACGUAUACGUAUACGAGCCAGACCCGGAAAUCGAGGGUGACUUGCGUCGAGUACAUCCCGCUGCUUGGGUGCCUCCUCAGGCCAGAAGCAAGGUUCACGUCUUCAAGACUCUAUUCUCGGCAUACUUGGAGAAGACUCAUCCUUACGUGGAGCCGCCAGUUCCCUUGCCUCUGUGCGCCUUUAAGUUCGAGGCGUCUAAGUUUGGCGUCGUACGAGACGCGUACGAAUCGCACAGCGCCGCCGUCGAGUACUUCGGCGCCUUCGAGUUCGAUCGGCCGCCUCACGCGAGACGCAUCGCGUCUUCUCCCAACGAUUUCGAAAAGAAGGUGAAGCACAAAACUGGCGCCGAGGUGUUCGUACUGAUAGUUCGAAGAAUCAACGAAGAAACCUUCCUGACCUUUGCCGGCAUCGAACCGUCCUUCGUCACAGAAAUCGAGGACGUAGCUCAACAGAUGAUAACGGAUUAUUUUCCCGAAGGAGCUGAGGAUGUGAUACCAUUAACGCCAGAUGAAGAAGAAGCCCUUUACGAGGAGGAAGAAGAAGAAUAUGAAGAGGAAGAAGAAGCAGAGGAAUUGAAUAGGGAUUUCAAUUAUUCUUUCUACUGACCUGAAAAGAUCCAAAUUAUUUGUUCCUAUAAUUUACUUAAAAAUCAUUAUUUUUAAUAAGAUUAAUUUAGAAAAGACGCAGUAGAAGUAGUUACGACAAAUUAUGAAAAUUUUGGCCAUAUGGAAUGACUCCGCGUUUCGCGACAUUUACAUUCUCCGCGUGUUUUGGCAGCGAUCGCCGAUGCUUUGACUGCUUUCUGUGCUCGGCAACGCGUUUGCGUAAGUUUGGCAUAUUACCAAACCAGCUCGUGGAAGUUAUAAACGCAGCUGUUCUGUUGCCAAUUUUAAUUCCGUUUAAGCCGCGCCGAAAUACUCUACGAAAAAUCCUACAAGAACACUCGAUCGACUUAUCGUCACAGAAAAUCUCUCACCUCUUGAGAAUCUCCCCUAAUGUAUCGAGGUUUUCGACUUAUAUCUUUAUCGAAUAGAAUUAUUUAAGCUUUUAUUUAGAAGUGGCAAACUAAUAUCAUCUAAUAUGAGGAUUUAAGCCAAUUUAAUUUAAUUUAAUUGUUAAUUCGGUUUAGUUUGUAAUUGAAUUCUUACGAAAACGCGAACGUGUAUACGCGAUUUAUUAAAAGCGCACUUUAAUCGUAAUCUAACUAGUAAUCGUAUGAUUAUAGGCCACCUAUGUUCAAUUUUGCGUAAAAAGUGUGUUGCAUCUAGUUCGUGGAUUAUUCAAAUUACAUCGCAGCUUGAUUGUAACGUUUUCAAGGAUUUUCUCAGCGAAAAGUGGAAUGAUAGAUUCUAAGCUAACCCUUUCGCUAGAUUCUUCUUUGGAUUGAAAAAAGCUCUUAUACCGCCAUCAUUAAUUACGAUUAAAUCGCUCGUAAAUGCCGAGAGUCGUGUUUGCGCAAGGUUCGCGCGUAAUCUUGCAAAUUCGAUUGCGCCAAUAGCUAAAAUAAAUAUCACCACUUGGCGAUAAAUAAUUCUUCGACAAUCUGAAAAAUCGUUAUAUGUCGCCUUCCUUCGAUUUUAAUUUCCGAUUAAUCCCAUUAAUAAACUCCACCGGGACCUAAUUCCCGCGCAUUAUUGACUUUUCCGCCGCUUUUAUGGCCUUCACUGCUCUUACACGCCUUCUUUCCAAGAACGCAGAACGAUAAACUCGACCGGGUCAUUCUCGUAAUAAAAUCGUUGUAAAGCGGUGAG